AGCACUUCUCAGUUCGUCACAGUACAAUAAGAGGAGGCAGAAAAAUUAAAAGCGGGGGAAAAUAAGAAGAUGGGGGCUGAAGAUAUGAAGUUGCCUCCGGGGUUUCGAUUCCAUCCUACCGAUGAGGAGCUGGUUAAACACUACCUCUGUAGGAAAUGCGCAGGGCUGUCGAUAUCUGUGCCCAUAAUCGCCGAUAUCGAUCUUUACAAGUUCAAUCCAUGGGAUCUCCCAGAGAUGGCAUCGUAUGGGGAGAAAGAGUGGUACUUCUUCUCUCCAAGAGACCGCAAGUACCCCAACGGGUCUAGACCCAAUCGGGCAGCGGGUUCGGGUUAUUGGAAGGCGACAGGUGCCGAUAAGGCAAUCGGGACUCCGAAGCCCGUGGGGAUCAAGAAGGCCCUUGUUUUCUACGCUGGAAAAGCUCCCAAAGGAGAGAAGACUAAUUGGAUCAUGCACGAGUACCGGCUUGCCGAUGUUGAUCGAUCUGCCCGCAAAAAGAAUAGCUUAAGAUUGGAUGACUGGGUAAUGUGUCGGAUCUACAACAAAAAGGGCGGAUUAGAGAAGCAUGCGAGUCCGAACCUGAACCCAAGACGGCUCGGGCCCAAAGCCAUCCGACCCGAUCCGGAGACGCCGGAGCAGAAGCCCGUUAUCCCCCUGCUGCACGUGCCAACGCCACCCGGUUCGCACGCGCUGCAAGGGGUGGACACAGUUUAUUUCGACACGUCAGACUCGGUGCCGAGGGUACACACGGAUUCCAGCUGCUCCGAGCACGUGCUGUCCCCGGAGUUCACGUGCGAGAGGGAGGUGCAGAGCCAGCCCAAGUGGACGGAGUGGGACAAGGCCCUUGAUGUUUCGUUCAAUAACGGGAAUGCCACUGGGAUGUUUACGGAUUUCGGGUCGGGUUCGUUUGACCCCGGGUUUAGGGACCCGAUUCAAGAUAUUCUCAUGUACUUGCAGAAGCCAUUCUGGGCAGAUGGUGGUAGCACGUGAGGGGGCGUGCGUACUUGUAUAUAAUAUUGGUUAGUAUAAAAUCGGGGGAGGAGCGUAAUUUCUUGCAUGGCUGUCUAAUUGUACAUAUCAUUACAAUUUUUUUUCUUUUUUUGAUGGUCGUACAUACGGUUACAACUUUGGAAGUUAGGUAACCUUAUAUUGAUGGAUUUCUUUUUGGGAAAGAUGUAAUUCGAUAGUCCAUUACUAUUGUAAAAAUUAAAGGUCAAGGCAUGCGUGAUUGCCUGAAUGACCUACAAGGCAUCCUUUAUAUUA